AUGACCCUAUCAGAAUGGUUCCCCCACACAACCAUACCGUUCAUAGCAAACGCACCGAUGUUCGGCUUCGCCGACGUCAACCUAGCAACAGCAGUAACAAAAGCACACGGAUUCGGCUUUAUCGGCGGAGGCUUUGAUUUCCGUACCGAGUCCACGCAGCUCGCAAACUUAAAAACCCAACUAGCAGAAGCGCGCUCGAUCCUCGAUCUAGCUGAGAACGAGACCCUCCCGCUCGGAGUGGGCUUUAUUACUUUCCAGUCGGAGGGGUUUGUCGAGAAUGUUAUUCCCAUUCUGUGGGAGAACCGCGUUGCGGCGGUUUGGCUGUCGUUUCCGAAGGAUGAUGAGGAUCACGAAGUGCUGAUACGGGCUAUUCGGCGAUAUCGGGAUUGGGAUGUCAAGCUCUUUGUUCAGGUCGGGACUGUGAGGGCUGCGGAGACGGCUGUUGGGCAGGGGGUUGAUGGUUUGGUUGUUCAGGGGACGGAUGCUGGUGGGCAUCAGUGGGCUAGGGGUGCUGGGUUGAUCUCGUUGGUGCCUGAGGUGAGGGAUUUGGUGAAUGCUAGGAAUGCGACGACUGUUGUUCUUGCUGCUGGGGGCAUUGUUGAUGGGAGGGGGUGUGUUGCUGCUCUGGGUCUGGGUGCUGAUGGGAUUGUGAUGGGUACGAGGUUCCUUGUGACGUCCGAAUGCCCUGCGCCGUCUGCUAUGAAACAGACUAUCGUGGCGAGUAGCGAUGGCGGAGUCUCGACUAUCAAGUCUGUUCGACACGAUGUCUUCCAGUCUACUGAUGUCUUCCCCAGGCAGUAUGAUGGGAGAGCUGUUAUUGGGGUUAGUUACGAGGAUUCUCAAGAGGGUAUCAGUGAUGAGGAAGUCAUCCGACGAUAUAAUGAGGCUAGGAAGGCUGGCGAGGACGAUAGGCGGACUGUAUGGGCUGGUGCGAGUGUUGGAAGUAUCAAGGAGGUGGUCUCUGUUGGUGAUGUUAUCCAGACUACCCAGCAGGAGGUGAGGAUGAUAUUGGAGCGAAUGAAGGGAGAGCUUUGA